CGCAGACAGGUGUUUUCAUGUUAGCUAACGGGGCUACAUUUAAUGUUUCUGUUGACUGCUGAACAUGUCUGCCUCAAUGGUGGCGAGAGCGACAGUCAGAGCUGUCAGUAAAAGAAAGAUAUUAGCUACAAGAGCUGCUUUAACUCUGACUCCUCCUGCUGUGAAUAGGAUCCGGACCCUCCUGGAGAACAAGCCAGAAUAUAUUGGUCUGAAGGUGGGUGUGAGGACACGGGGCUGUAACGGUAUGACCUACACUCUGGACUUCACCAAGCAGAAGGAUCAGGCUGAUGAGGAGGUGCUGCAGGAUGGUGUCCGUGUAUUUAUAGAGAAGAAGGCCCAGCUCACUCUGCUGGGGACAGAGAUGGACUUUGUGGAGUCCAAGCUGUCCAGUGAGUUUGUCUUCAACAACCCCAAUAUCAAGGGCACCUGUGGCUGUGGAGAGAGCUUCAACAUCUGACAGGGCUUCCUGCUGUGGAGAGGGCUUCAACAUCUGACAGGGCUUCCUGCUGUGGAGAGAGCUUCAACAUCUGAGAGGGCUUCAGCAUCUGAGAGGGCUUCCUGCUGUGGAGAGGGCUUCAACAUCUGAGAGGGCUUCCUGCUGUGGUGGCCUCCCAACACACACACACCGCCCAACCCCGCCUCCUUCCCUCUCUCACACAGCCCAUCUCUUCCCUCCCUCCCUCUCUCUCAAUUCAAUUCAAGGGCUUUAUUGGCAUGGGAAACAUGUGUUAACAUUGCCAAAUCAAGUGAGGUAGAUAAUAUAUAAAGUGAAUAUGUAAAGUGAAAUAAACAAUAAAAAUUAACAGUAAACAUCACACAUACAGAAGUUUCAAAACAAUAAAGACAUUCUCUCUCAC